AUGGAAGCUCGACCCGCAACCACCUCUACCACUACGACCAACCCACCCAGCGUUGAAAUCGCAUACAAGCGCAAAUGCGCCGCCCUCAAGAAGCGUCUUGCAGAGGUGGAGGCAGAAAAUGACCUCAUGCGCACUCGAAAUCUUCGCGGCUACCAAUACAUUCAAAAGAUGCGCCUCGAAUCUUGCAUGUUGCUGGAGCGAUUGGCAAAAGUCACUGGGAUGGCGGACGAGGCUGCGGCGGGUAAAGCUGAUCCAGAACUCCGUGCCCGCGCGGCUGCGAUGAUGUCCAACGUGUCGGCUCUGAAUGAGGUUGGUGCUGGUGAGCAGGUCGCAGACGGCGUGGACCUGGAUGACGAGACCGAGGGAAGUUCGGAUGAGCAACCUCCAACUCCCGAGGAACGCCCACUACGCAUCAAACGUUCACGGAAAUCAAACAUCCCCCUUGAAGGCGGGGACGAAGACAAUGGUGGCCAAGAAAACGCCGGCGACGCAGGCGGUGAUGGGGACGCAAAGUCUUCCUCUCUACCGCGCCUGGCUCCAGCCCCCAGUCAAAAAGAAUUGACUUCCUCAUUUCGCGUGCGGAAGGGGAGCGACGGUGCACAGGAUAGCGAGAAUGGUGCAGAUGCGGAUCACCAAGAUGCAAACUCAGAGGCACGCGCUGGCGAUGCGGCGGAGGAUGAUGAUGCCACGCCAAUGGACGUAGAUGACAAGGAACCAAAGGACGAGCAAGGGUGA